GGUCAUUUCAUCGUUCAUUUCAGCAGUGGCCAGCGCGUAGGGGAGACAUGGCGGCCGGCCUAGACUCACUGGGCCAGUGCCUCGAGCGCUACCUCCCAGCCGAGCAACUCGAAGAAGUGAAGCGGAUUCUCUACGGGGAGCACGUCAGGCCACUGGAUUUGCCUUCUGUUGCUACAUCAGCAGCUGCUGAAAGGAACUUUGAACUACUGGGCUAUGGAUUUCAAGCUGAACCAGAGCAAUUGAGGCAGCCACGUGUUGUCCGGGUGGGAUUGAUUCAGAACAAAAUCCCACUUCCCACAAGUGCACUGGUUGCUGAACAGGUUGCUGCCCUGCACAAGCGCAUAGAAGAGAUCGUGGAGGUGGCAGCAAUGUGCAAGGUGAAUGUUGUCUGUUUCCAAGAAGCCUGGACAAUGCCUUUUGCUUUCUGUACAAGAGAGAAGCUUCCUUGGACUGAGUAUGCUGAAUCAGCAGAAGAUGGCCCAACAACAAGAUUCUGCCAGAAGCUAGCCAAGAAACACAAUAUGGUUGUGGUGUCUCCAAUCCUGGAAAGAGAUGAUGUGCAUGGAGGGACCCUGUGGAAUACUGCAGUCGUGAUUUCAAACUCUGGUGCUGUCCUUGGAAAAAGCAGGAAGAACCACAUCCCACGGAUUGGAGAUUUCAAUGAGUCAACCUACUACAUGGAAGGAGACAGAGGACAUCCAGUGUUCCAGACUCAGUUUGGGAAGAUUGCUGUGAACAUUUGCUUUGGGCGUCAUCAUCCCCUCAACUGGCUCAUGUACAGUCUGAAUGGAGCAGAGAUCAUUUUUAAUCCUUCUGCUACUAUCGGGAAACUCAGUGAAUCUAUGUGGCCUAUUGAGGCAAGAAAUGCUGCCAUUGCUAACCACUGCUUCACCUGCGCCAUCAACCGAGUAGGAACGGAACUUUAUCCAAAUCCCUUUACAUCAGGAGACGGAGGGGAAGCGCAUCAUGAUUUGGGUCAUUUUUAUGGCUCAAGUUAUGUGGCUUCCCCAGAUGGGAGUCGAACCCCUGAACUCUCCCGCACCCAGGAUGGCCUUUUGGUCGCUGAGAUGGACUUAAAUCUUUGCAGGCAAGUUGGUGACAAAUGGAAUUUUAAGAUGACUGGGAGGUACGAGAUGUAUGCCAAGGAACUUGCUGCAGCAGUACAGCCUAACUUUGUGCCUAAUAUUAUCCAUGAGUGAUUUUUCUCUGCCAUGUAAAGUAGGGAAGUACACUUCUUUUGCUUUUUCAGACAAGAUCUCUGUCUCUUAGUAACAUCCCUCCAGGGAGAGUGCCUCAAAAGGCAUGAAUCAGUCUAUAGAAUGGCUUUAGCUAAUGACAAUUUUGACCUUUUUUCCGUGCUCUGUGGAAGGUGCACCUCCAUGGAACACAAAAUAUCUCCAUGCAGCUGCUGAAAACUGUUUUUGAAAGUCUUUUUUUUCCCGGAGGGAACACUGCGUGACAUGGAGGGGCUGUUCUUUGAGAAACGUAAUUCCAGAGUAAUAGGUUUCUUUUGGUUACAAGGCCCAUAGGCUUUUUUUUAGUACCUGAAUUAUGGCUUUUAAAAGUACAACUAUAGUUUAGGGUAACUACUAAGAAUUAUUUUUUAUCUAGGGCUGCUUUUAAGCAUAUGAUUGGAUGGAAGGUAGGGUUUGCCAACAACUUGUAGAAGAAAUGUCUUGCCCUUUUAACAGAGACAUGGUGUUUGGAAAUGGGCAGUUGAAGCUCUUCAUGGUACAGAGAUAAAUAACAUUACCUGGUAAACCAUCUCUCAGAAAGGGGUAGGACAUUUUUCUCCACAUUGUUGGGAAACCAAAUGGAAGGGCAAGAAGCUUAAGAAGGAACAGGUUUUCUAAAUGCUCUAUAUAACUCAGUUUUGUCCUCUGUGGUUGGCAGUGCCUCUCUGGCAAUUUUCUGAAAACAUGCCACCCAAGACCCUUCUUUAAUUGGUACUCUGUUUUUGCAUGUACAGCAGGCGCUCUAUGGGAGCCAUGGCUCCUCCCCAAUUUAAAUGCAGGAAGAGUUUUGCCCAUUAGAGUAGUCUCCACCCCAUCCCCCCUCAGCAAGGUGUCUAAAGUGAAGGCAUAGCUAGGCAACCACUCACCAAAGAAAGCCCUGCCAGCAUCAGAGUGGAGGUUUGCUUACUGCUGACCUGCAGCAGCUGGAAAUUGAUGCAUCUUUGUGUGUCUUGUUGAAGAGAGAGACAUUUCUGUUACAGCUUUUUAAAAAUGAUACAAAAAACAUUUAAAUGACCUGACAGUGUAAAUUAUAACAAAUCUCCUCCACUUGAUGAGGUAACCUGCCAUUGUUUAAGUUUUGAAUGUUUCCUUUUUUAAAAAAACAUCCACUGUGAAGCUUCUUAGCAUCUCAGAAAGAAGGAGGCAGCAUGCAUUUUGCUACUGGAUUACAACUUAAAACUUUUA